CAACCUGGUGCAUUAUGUUCCAAGGCCAGAAGCCGACUCGAUGGGAAAAGGUGUCACCGAGCGAAGUGUUCGUUUAUGUUAGGAGGUCUGAACUUGCCCUGCGCCCUACCUACUCAAUACAGCAUCCGUCGUAAUGGCUGAGAUGCUCUCGCCUCAAGCUUCAGUUACAGCGCAACAGUCGCAGCUUAGCGGUCCAUCAAUACUUACGGUUAAUGGCUCGAGGGAUGUCAUUUCCCAUACACAGAGUCUAAAGGGAUCCCGUCAAUUAUCUGGAAAUAGACCUGAAGAUGGAGCGCCGUUCAUAAAACCCACCCAUCAAAGAUUUGUUUUUACAGACCCGGUGGCUUUCAGAUAUCUUGAAGAAGACCCGUCUACAACAGUUCUCCAGCGUCGGCAAAGGCUUGAAGGUUAUGAGCUCUAUCUUGUUGAGCAGUGGGCAUGUUCCCGUGCUCACCCGACAUUUGUGAUCACCACCUACACGGGGGAUCCAUCUCACUCAGUUGUUGUGAGCGUCCUGAGUGUUCCAACAAAUGAGGAAGCAUGGUCUCAAAGGCUGCGAGUAUAUUUCAAAGCUGUGUCUCAGUUUCACGCUCGGCGGAAAGAGACACCUCUCGGUGUUUUGAUGGUUACCAAUCUCAGCGGGUUUCCUUCCGCAUUGACUGUUAUCCCGGUUCCGGAAGGUGACACAAGAAAGUAUAGAGAUGACUUCAUUGUGAACGUUGAUCUGAAAAGAUUGGGUUGUUCGGGGCGAGUGGGCCUGAGCUUGACCACCCCCAGCGGGGCUACGCAGGCCAAAUUCCAUCAACUGUACAAAACCAGCGAGCGCAUUCCUAUUUACAGCGCUGUCAUAGAAAUGGUCAAGUUCUGUCAGUUUGCACUGGUAAUGUUUGGAAAGCUUGGCCCAGAAUAUGCCGACGGGCUUUUGUGCGAUGUUACCGAGCGUGCAGUCAAUGAUUGGUGGGUGGAGAUGGGCUCCGAAUUUUAUAAUGUGGAGCCAAGUGAUGGUAUUCUGGGUCCAACUACCGUUUCCGGCCUUGUGGGCAUGCUUAUGGGCGCGAGAAAUCGUCUCAAUGCGUAUGGUGCGCCGGUAGCCAAGGACUGUUUCGACGUACAGAGUUUGAAACGGGGUAUAUAUUACUUCCAGAAAUCACAGAAAUUACCAAAAACGAGCCGACUAGAUCGUCAGACACUUGACCGGCUUCACCGCGUUACUGCGAAAGCUGCCUCAGGGGAAGGUUGGCUCGUUCCGAAGGCGGUAAAAUCGACCGUGGCAGAACUUAGUGGCAAGGGCGGAGAAAUGAUGAUGGAGAUGGUGGGGGCUCGAGAGAAAGCCGGUAUUGCUGAAGUCGAGACUCUGGACAUCGAUACGUUUCUUCAAGUCAUACAUGGCGAGAGAGCAAAAUGGCUAUGGUAUGGUAAGCCAAUGAAGAGUAUGUCCAGCGAUUUGGCAGGAAGAACAUCCGAUCAGGAAGGAAUGGUUUUUCUAAAAGAUGAGGGUGGCGGAUACAGAUGGUCUAAUAAAGGAGGAGACUCAUUUGACAUGGAUAGUGGCAGGAGGAAGCGUGAUGACGGUUUACCUACCCGUAUGCCUUCGAAUUCACAAAAUACAUUAGAUUGGGGCGACAGAGAUCAACAGCUACGGAAGAACAUGUUCAAAAGUAUGACCGGUCGGAUGAACGAUGCGCGCAGUGGGCUUGGUCGAAUCAAAGAUGCUGUUGGGAGAUCAGGGCUCAGGGGCCAUCAUAAGCAUUCUAAAGAGGAUGGUAGACCUUCCGAAUGGUCUGAUCGCAACCAUCUUGGGGACGAUGCCGAGCCCAUGGGAUCUUUCUACGGACUUAGAUCUGCUCCUCCACUCAGUCCUAGUGAAGCAGGGGAUGAUCCAUUUGAGCGGUCUUUCAAGGGAGCUGGCAUGGUUGAGGAUUCUAAAGAACCGUCUGCUGAGACGCUUGAAGUCUUCACCCCUGGGCUCCCCUACCAGGUCUCCGCCGGUCUCGAUUUGUCCUCGCAGGAUGGCAUUGAUAGAGUCGCAAGUGAGGGCGCUCGGAAAGACUCAACCGCCAGUGGAUACCUCCAAACGCGCGAGGAGCGUUUAAUGCCUCUAUCACGGGAACAGUCUACGACUGGUUCCGCGUAUGGGGAAUUGGGAAGAGAAGAUCCGAUUGCUCAAACGGGAUUGAUCAAUGGAGGGAUUGGCGUCUUCCUAAGGCGAACUCAAAGUAUGACGCGCUUUCAAGAUUACAGGUCGGGAUCAAGGAUAGACGCCAGAUGGCCUAGGCACCUCUCAUUCAGUGUGGCCGAAGAUGCCAUCUUGUGCUGGAAGGAGAUAACGUUUUCGGCCGAUGGCCCCGUCACCACACCAGAUGUCUCGCAGCUUGUUUCUGGGCAGAGUGCUUUUACUGAAGAAGCAAAACGAAUGCGUCAGGUCUUGAUGGAGCUUGAUAGCCAGGUUGGGGCUUGGGUGGAGGAAAAGUUAGCCGCCACAGAAAGCCUGGAUGUUCAGGCAACUGGCGAGCAAGAAAACUUGAAUUCAAUAUUAUACCAACGAGCGGAGGAACUGCAGUCUUUGCGCAAUGGUGCGAACGACCUAUUGUCCGAUGAAAAAUUGCAUCUGUCUGAGAAGAUUCGAGAAGUGGAAACGCUGAGCCAGAAGCUGGAAUACGAGCUUGGGAUCUUACACUCCAAAGUCGAAGAUGUCGAAGAUGGUGUGACUGACUUUGAACGGGCAGUCAAAGAGCUUGAGGCCAGAGCGCAGGAAUUCAUGUUUGAGGAACGCCGUAAAGAAGGUUGGCUGCAUUGGGUAGUCAGAAUGCUUUUUGGAAUUGGGAGAGAUCCUUUAUUGGCGCUUUAAUACUCAAAGGGUAAUUGGUAAUCAGGUGUUUAUUUGGCUUGGGGAGAUGGGCGCUGCAAAUCAUGGAGCAGGGCGUUGAGGAUUGAUGAGAACUUGGUAUACCAAAAAUUCGCAUUUCCGAUAGAGAGGCAUCUUAGCAUAUUUGAACCCGAGACAUACAGU